AUGACGGGUUUGGGAUUAACUGAUUUGCCUAAUGAAUUGCUAGCACUUAUCUUCACUUUUGUACCCAAUACACAGUUGUACAAAUUGAAGGAUAUCCCUGAAUUACGCGGUCCCGCGUUGCAAUCUAUGUAUACUAAUAUUGUUAUUACUGAAGUGAUAAAUAGUUCUGGAAUAGUUAAAAAAUUCAUGUAUCGUCCUGGAAUUAUCGAUAUGAGACACGAGAGCAUGUAUGGUGUAAUUAAAGAUAAUUGUGUUGAAGUACAAGAUGUAUUACAUUUAGAGAAGUUGGUAAAGGAAAUUCCAGAAGCAAGAAUAAAGAGAAUUCUGUUAAAACUGAGAGAAAUGCUCCAUAGAUUAUUGGCUUUAAAGCUACAAAUUAUAGAGUAUGGCAAUGUUCGAUUGUCAGUCACAUUGAAGGAUUCAGAUUUUAACUAUUUGGAAGGUCUUUCUGAAAAGAAACUAGAAGAAUUUACAAAAAAUAUUCAUUCAGUAAAAGGUCUUACUAGGAUGUCUCCUAAUAUACUUAAAGUGAUUGCAAAUUGUGACUCUAUUGUGGGCACGUUGUCUUCAGUAGAGAGAGCGACAUUUCACGACCAUGAUUUUCCCCGAUUACGCAAGUUGGAAUUAACAAAAUAUAGUAAUAGUCUUACUUUAGAUGAAUUAAAAUUAAUCCCAAGUCAAUUAUUGAAAUUCUGUGGUCGCAUUAAAAUACCGCCUAACAAUGAAGAUAAAACCAAUAUCAAACUCUGUUUACCACCAAAUUUGCAAUGGUUAAGUAUUGUGUUUGAAAGGGCUGCACCUCGCCUGCUCUUGGAUAGAAGUGCAUCAUUUGAACAUUUGCAGCACUUACAGUAUAUUAAGGUACGAAAUGCACUAGCUUUAAGUUGUAUUUUUCCCCAGAGUAUUCGUGAAAUUGAUUCAGAUGCAAGAACUGUUUUGCAAGAUCUCAGGUUAAAUUGUCCAAAAAUACGGAAACUUGAUCUUUCUCCGGUUGCAUCUCAAAUGAUUGUGAAGGAAGACCUUAUAUUUUCGGAUAGGAUUGAAGACUUGUCAUUGAGUAACAAAUAUUUUAGAGACCAGGAUAGUACUAGCAUUAAUAUCGAUGAAUUUAAACGACGAAAGAUUCUUGAACCAAAAGUUAUGUUUGGGGAAUCAAUAAAAUUAUUGAAAAUAGGCACAUGCAACGAUAGGCUGGUUCCCGUUUCUUUAAAUUUCAAUAGUAUGAAACUACCUAAAUUAGAAUAUUUUGAGGGUAGAGCACUUUCAAGUUUAAAUUUCAUUGGAAAUAUUCCUCGAUCGCUUAAAAAAGUUACUUUAACUAUUGAAAAAUAUGAUUGCAAAAUUUUGCAACAAUUGGAUGUAGUGGAGGAAUUGGAAUUUGCUAAUUGCUUUGCGUUGGAGAAUGAAAAUAAAUUUGAUGUGUCAAAUAAUUUAAAGGUGUUAUCAAUAAUAUCUUGUGGACUUAGUAGAAUCAACGUUACGGGGGGAAGACUUAAGAAAUUGGAUAUAUCAAAAAAUAAUAUAACGAUAAUUGACCAGGAUACAUUGAUUGUACCGUCUGGUUUAGAGGAAUUGAUUAUGUAUGGAAAUCGUGUUACAGAGAUCAAACCAAAUGUUAAAUGGCCCAGCAAUUUACAAAUUUUAGAUUUAAAUCAGAAUAUCUUAGAACAAGCCAAUAAUUUUCCAUAUACUUUAAAAAAAUUAUCAUUAUAUUGUAAUUACAUUCAAGAUUCAUUUGACUGGUCUUUAUUUCCUGAAGAAUUAGAGUAUUUGAAUUUAGCACGUAAUAAUUUAAAAUCGAAUAAGUUGCAUUCAUUGAAUUUUCAAAAUUUCCGUCGAUUACGAGAAAUUGAUUUAUCAGAUAAUCUACUUAUUUCAAUCAAGCCAACAAUAUUUCCAAGUGGAAAUCUUGAGUUUUUAAAUUUACGACAUAAUAGGAUUAAAAAAAUCACUGGGAAUUUUAAAGGCUUUGAAAAACUUAAAGAGAUUGAUUUGAGAGAUAAUAAAUUAGAACCAAAAUUCAGAAUUCGUAGUAAUUUAGAAAGAUUGAAACAUCCAAUUACUGAUAUAUUUAUAUAG